AUGCAGACCACCUACGACUACAUCAUUGCUGGCGGCGGCGGCUCCGGAGCUGUCGUCGCUGCUCGUCUGUCAGAGGACGAGCACGUCAAAGUCCUCGUUCUCGAGCGCGGUGCUACCAAUAAAGGCGUCACGACCUCUGAGCAGCCAGCCAUGUAUCUCGCCAAUCUGCCAACCGAGAAUGUGCACAACCACUUUGCAGAGCCUGCAGAGUGCAACGACAACAAUGCCGUCAUUGUGCCCGUUGGUAAUUUGCUCGGUGGCGGUACCUCUGUAAACUUUCUCAUGUACACUCGACCUUCUGCCUCGGACUUUGAAUGGGGUAUGGACAACUGGAAGUUUGAAGACGUCAAGCCGUACUUUACCAAAAUGGAGACGUACCACAGCACCAACACGUCUACAUCAAAGGAUACACAUGGUACUGAUGGACCUCUUCAGGUGUGUCAAGGUCACGUCAACCAGGCCGCGAUGGAUGAAUGGUUCCCUGCUGCCAAGGCUGUACUGGGUGAAUCCUACGUCGAGGCAGAAGAUACCAACGACUUCAAAACACUGGGCGCUCAGGUUUCCGGCUGGUCCAAGUGGAUUGACCCGAAGACUGGCAAACGUUGUGGAUCUGCGGAUGCAUACCUACAUGCUAAUGCUGAUCGCCAAAACUUGACGGUCGUGUGUGAUGCUAGCGUCACCAAGAUCAACUUGGAAGGCAACAAGGCUACUGGUGUGGACGCCAUCAUUGACGGCCAAAAUGUGACAUUCAAGGCUACGCGCGAAGUCAUUGUCUCUGCCGGUGCAUUUGGCUCUCCAAAGCUGCUUGAGUUGUCUGGUAUUGGUAACAAGCAAGUGCUCGAAAAGGCCGGUAUCCCUUGCAAGGUCGAUCUGCCUGGCGUAGGUGAAAACUACCAGGACCAUCUGCUCUUCCUUUGCAUGCACCACGCUGCACCAGAAACGGAGACACACGACAACCUCUACCGUCAAAUCGAACCAGACUUUUCCGAGGCUCAAGCGGCUUUCGCCAAAGCAGAUGGACCACUUCGCACCAACAACAUCGAUCCUGUCAUCAAGUGGCGACCCACGGAUGAGGAGGCCGCCGCUUCUGGCUUUGCAGACUUGUAUAAGCGUGAGUUCCUGACACACCCAGACAGGCCGCUCUUCCUCUUUGCUGAAAUUACGGGAUGCUGUGCCGAUUUCUCAGUGGUGCCUGAGGGCAAGUAUUGCAUGACAGGUGGAUACUUGGAGUACCCACAAUCUCGUGGCGCUGUGCAUAUCACAUCAGACGAUCACACCAAAGACGGACGCUUGACAGGCUUCUACGUCGAGUCAGAGGAAGACAUUCAAGUGCUCAUGUAUUGCUACAAGAAGAACCGCGAAAUUGCGCGUCGCCUCAAGACGUACCGAGGCGAAUUUGCGCCUUCGCACCCACCAUUCGACCCAAACUCUGCUGCUGCUAUUGAUGGCUUCAAGGAGGAAGAGAAGGAGGUGGUCUACACGGAAGCUGACGACGUCGUGUUGCGCAAGUGGGUCAAGGGCAAUUGCGGCACCACAUGGCAUCCUCUUGGGACCAAUGCGUGCAAGCCUAAAGACAAGGGCGGCGUGGUAGACGGCAGGUUGCGUGUCUAUGGCACAAAGAACUUGCGGGUGUGCGACGUAUCCAUCUUGCCAUUCGAGCCGGGAUGCAACCUUGCAUCAACGGCUUACGUCGUCGGCGAACGUGGUUCCGACCUGAUUAAGGAGGACGCCUACCUCUUCCAAGAGUCGCUUGAUGAGAAGGUGGUACCGCAAGUCGGCAUCCUUGCCAGUACGGCAUAG